AUGAAGUCACUUGUGCAUUAGCUUUAUUUCAAGUUUGGCAAAGAACGUUUUCAGUUGAUAUUUAUUGUGAAGAGGAGUGUUGGAAGACCUCCGUCCAAGAUGGGUUUCAUUAGGGUUAAAUUAAUUGAAGUAAAACCGGCUGCAAGCUGGAAAAUGUACGACCCUUUCUGUGCAGUGCAUGUGAAGGAAGCUAUCAUGACUGAAGUUGGAGUCACUCUAGUACAGAAGAAAAGAACGAUAUAUCCCGACUGGAACAAAUGCUUUGACACUCACAACAACGAGGGUCGUGUUAUUACUAUUGUAGUCAAAGAAAAACCAGACACAUUUCUUGGCGAUGUGUCUAUCGGAGUGCAGUUUCUUGUCGACCAGUGCAAACACGAUGGUUAUUCGAGUGUAUGGUUGAAUUUGCAACCAGGAGGUCAUCUACUUGUUCAAGUACGUCAUUUCACUGAAGUCUUAGAUGAUCCUACUAAAGUUGGUAAACCCCAUGAGAAUCACAGUGGACUUACAGGAAGAAGAGGCGCAAUGCGAAAACAAAAAGAACAUGUCAUUAGAGGACAUAAAUUUGUUGCCAGAUUCUUUCGCCAACCAGUUUUCUGUUCUCUGUGUAAGGAAUUUAUGUGGGGCUUCAACAAACAAGGAUAUCAGUGUUCAGUUUGUACAUUAACAUGUCACAAGAAAUGUCAUUCCAAAAUACUCAGCAAGUGUCCUGGGUCUAAYGAUGAAGAAAAUGAGAAGUUGAAAGAGAGAUUUAGUCUUGAUGUCCCUCAUAUCUUUAAAGUAAAUAAUUAUUUGAGUCCAACAUUUUGUGAUCAUUGUGGAUCUCUACUGUAUGGCUUGUUUAGACAAGGAGUUAAAUGUACAGCCUGUAAUAUGAACUGUCAUCAUAAAUGUAGAAAGCUUGUUCCCAAUUUAUGUGGUAUAAAUCAAAAAGAACUUGCAGAGAAGUUUGAAGAGGCUAAGGCUGCAGUUCAAAAGAGAAAAAUCAAUGAUGCCCAAAAUGCAAUGGCCCGUGCACAGUUGAAUGCAAGAGAUCCCGAUGAAGACUCUGAUGAAGACGACUCAGUUGGUGUCUAUGAAACAUUAUGGGAUGCUGUGACGCCACCAACAAAGAAAACUGACACCAGCAAAUUUGACUUGAAACAAUGUCACAUAGAAGAUUUUAACAUGGUUAAAGUACUUGGAAAAGGAAGCUUUGGAAAGGUUUUAUUAUGUGAAUUGAGAGGAAAGAAUCAAUUUUUUGCCAUCAAAGCACUCAAAAAGGAUGUUGUUCUUGAAGAUGAUGAUGUUGAGUGUACUUUGGUUGAACGUAGAAUCUUAGCAUUGGCAACAAGGCACCCUUUUUUGACGCACAUGCAUUCUGCAUUCCAGUCACAGGAUCAUCUGUUCUUUGUGAUGGAAUAUCUCAAUGGAGGUGAUCUUAUGUUUCACAUCCAGUCAUCAGGAAAGUUUGAUGAAAAAAGAUCAAGAUUCUAUGGUGCUGAAAUUAUCUGUGGUCUGGAAUUUCUCCAUGAAUUAGGGAUUAUUUAUCGUGAUCUUAAACUAGACAACAUCUUAUUGGACAGUGAAGGACACAUCAAACUUGCUGAUUUUGGCAUGUGCAAGGAGAAUAUUCUUGAUGGCCAGAAAGCCACUACAUUCUGUGGUACUCCUGAUUACAUAGCUCCAGAGAUCUUAAAGAACUGGAGAUACGACUCUGYUGUUGAUUGGUGGUCGUAUGCUGUUCUUCUUUACGAAAUGCUGAUUGGACAAUCCCCAUUUGCUGGAGAAGAUGAGGAAGAUUUGUUUGACUCUAUUUGCCGAGAUAAAGUACAUUAUCCAAAAUGGGUUUCUGCUGAUGCAGUCUCUUGCUUAUCACAGUUGUUUGAGCGAACACCAGUCGAUCGACUAGGUUACAGACAUGGCACAAACCCCAACAUUAGAGGACAUAGAUUCUUCAAGGCGAUUAACUGGCAAAAACUUGAAGCCAGGCAGAUUGAACCACCAUUCAAACCUAAAGUGAAAGACGCCAAGGAUACAAGUAACUUUGACCCAGAUUUCACCAUGGAAGCGCCUAAAUUUACACCCACUGACAAGGACUUGUUGUUGUCCAUGGACCAAGGGCAAUUUAGAGGAUUCUCAUUUGUCAAUCCUUACUUCAAUGCACAUAGAUGAAUAAUGCCAUUUAUUGUUGUAAAUUAUCAUCUGAAUACUACGCUUAGGAUUUCUGAAGGCAAUUUUUUUUAGACUAGGGAUUUCUGUGUUUGUCUGCAGAAAAUGUGAUCAUGUGGUUUGUAGAGCGAACUCCUCCUUAUAACGCAGGAAUCCCAAAACGGCACAUUGAUAUCAGUGUUCGUUAUUCUUUUUUAUUCGCUUUUCUAUCACAGGGAAUUUAUUUUACACAAAGAAAAAUCAUUGUUUGAGUAGUACAAAUGAUUAAUAAGACCAUACAGUUUCUAAAACUUAAAUCCGUCAGCAACUUGAUUUUAGACUCUUGAAAAAGGUUAAGUUAGUUGUUAAAAAAACUCAGUGAAUCAGAGAGGUGGGCACAAUAAGCUUCGCUUGAAUUGACUCAUGAAUUGAAUACAUAGAAGCACUAGUAUACAAUAUAAUCUUCCAAAUUGCGAUGCCUUAAUGCAUCAAUCAUGUAAAUAGACAUAUUAUUGUAGACACUAAUACAUAAAGUAAACAAAUUUAGGUAGUAAAAACAUAUACGAAACACA